AUGUAUCGUAGUGGCUUAUUGACCUCUGGUGGAGGUAGUGCUGCUCUAACGGCUUUAAGGGCAAUUGGAUCUAGAUCUAGUUUAUCAAAUGGCAAAUUUAUUUGGAAUGUUGGGAAGAGGUUUAUAACAAGUGAGAUCCAGGAGAAGGAUCAGCAGGCUGGUGAAUCUAAUACUGCUACUGAUACCGGUAUCAUUCAUAAAACUGAACAAGAGACUUUAGUAUAUUUUGAUAAUGUUUAUCCGAGAGAUACUUCUCUUUGGAAUCCUGCUCAAUGGUAUAAUUUAUUGUUGGUGAAUCAGUCAAGGGAGGCAGUCAGGGAUAAGAUCACUGAAUUUGCCUCUCCUCCUUCGAAUCCUAUACAUGGGCUGGAAUUAAGGUCAACUAUUCCUGUAAAACGUGAUGGUGGUGUUUUUGCCACUUUUUUGGUUCCUUCAAAGUAUACCAAAGCAGAAGUUAAUGCAAUAAUUCAAAAAAAUACUGCUGAAGAAUCUUCUAAAUCUAUAUUUUCAUUUUUCACCAGAGCCUCUGCUUUCCCAGUCAAAGGUUUCCCUUGGAUUGAAGAUUUGAGAAGACUACCAACAAAUACUAUUAAAGUAUUGUUCCAAGGUCCUCCCCUCACAGAAGAAGAAAUAUAUUCUCUAUUCAGACGUUAUGGUACCAUUAUAGACAUUGUACCAGCUUCAGAUUCUGUCAAAAAUGCUUCUGUCAGGUACAAAUCAUUGAAAGGUGCCAUUUGUGCCAAAAAUUGUGUAUCUGGGAUUGAAAUUCACAAUACAGUUUUACAUAUUCAAUAUCAACAAGAGGCCAGGAAUUUUGUUAUUAGUAACUUUUUUGUCAAUCAUACUAGAAUUGCUAUCCCAGUCAUGCUUGCUGUAUUGUCAAUCAUAGCCGUGCUUAUCUUUGACCCAAUUAGAGAAUUUUCCAUUGAACAAAAAAUUACACAUAUAUAUUCUUUAUCUUGGGACAAUUACUGGAUUAGACAAAUUAGAAAUUUUACUAAUUCAACUGUCACUUCUUUCAGAAAUUACUGGGGUGUUAAUGAAAAUGCAUUUGCUGAAAAGCAUCUAUGGGAGGAGCGUAUUGAGAAAGUUAAUGACUUGAAGAUGUGGCUACAAGAAAAUAACAAUACUUUUGUUGUCGUUAGAGGUCCAAGAGGCUCUGGUAAGAACGAGUUGAUUAUGCAACAUACUGUUGGUGAUAGAACAAAUGUUUUAUACUUAGAUUGUGACAAAUUAAUUAAGUCAAGAACUGAUGCCAAGUUUUUAAGAAAUGCAGCAAGUCAAUUAGGUUAUUUCCCAAUAUUUCCAUGGAUUAACUCUGUAACCAGCGUUAUCGAUUUAAUGGUUCAGGGUUUAACAGGUCAAAAAAGUGGUUUGUCAGAGACCAAAGAAGCUCAAUUCAGAACUAUGUUAACAACCGCAUUAACAUCCAUCAGAAGAAUAGCGCUGAAGGGAUACAAAUCUGUUAUAGUUGAUGGGGGUGAAGAUGUAAAUGUCAAAGAAGAAGAUUAUUUGCAACAACACCCAGAGGCUAAACCUAUUAUUGUCAUAGAUAGAUAUGAGGGUAAAUCUGAAAUUAAUGGCUUCAUUUACAAAGAGUUGGCAGAUUGGGCUUCAAUGUUAGUUCAGAUGAAUGUGGCCCAUGUUAUCUUCUUAACAGAAACCGUUUCCUCAAAUCAACAGUUAUCAGAAUCCCUACCAAAUCAAGUUUUCAAAACAUUAGUGUUAUCGGAUGCUUCUAAGGAAAACUCUCGUAAAUAUGUGUUAUCACAACUGCAGAGUUUUGUUGACAGUAAACAGAAAUCUAAAGAAGACAUUAAAAUUACGGAAAAUAUCGAAGCUGAAAAAUCAAAGAUUACUGACCAAAUAGAUGAUGCUCUAGAACCAUUGGGUGGUAGAAUGUUAGACCUUCAAGCAUUUGUUAGAAGAGUCAAAUCUGGAGAACAACCUACAGAAGCAUUAGACAAAAUGAUCGAACAAGCUUCAGAACAAAUAACACAAAUAUUUUUAAGCGAUAAAGUAGAUGGUAUUAAGAGUGCUCAAGCCUGGGAACUGAUAGAAUUAUUAAGUGCAAAGUCAGUUGUUUCUUAUGAUGAUAUAGUUUUCAAGCCAUUAUUUAAAGCCGCACCAGAACUAGGUAUCGUUGAACUAGAAAACAGUGGAUUAAUAACAGUAUCGAGAAAUAGAGGUGUACUAGACAAAAUACGUCCAGCUAAACCUCUUUACAAAGCUGCAUUCUAUUACUUAGUAAACAGUCAAGAAUUAUCUACUAUUUUAAGAACUAGAUACCUAUUAAAAGUGAUAACAUUCGAAACAGGUAGAAUCAAGAAGUGGGAAGACGAAUUACGCCCAUUAGGCAAAUCUGGAGAUCCUAAACUAUUCAGGGGCAGAUUUGAAUAUCUUUCAGGUAAGAUUGAGACUAGUAAUAAAGUAAUUGUUGCAUCUGAAGCAGAAAUUAAGGCUUUAUCUGAAAGGAAACAAAAUCAAAAAUAG